GGUACAACUUAUCGAUAAUUGAACAAUAAACAAAAGUAAACCAAAACAUUUGGUAAACUUAUUUAACAUCUGACAGCAAGCAAGUAUGGCAAAUGUCUGUCGGAUUUGUAUGGUCGAAUCCGACUCCCAUCUGGACAUAUUUGAGGAGAGGAAUGCAACAGCCAAAGAACCGAGUCUGGUGGAAAUGCUAAACGAGUGCAUUAUCCACAAAGUGGAGAAAAAUGAUCCGCUGCCAAAGAAGAUUUGCUCGAGCUGUGUCGACUCCUGUCUAAAUGCAUUUCGCUUUAGGCGCAUUUGCGAAGAGAGUUAUCAAUUGUUUAUGGAAUUGCUGGACGAGGAAAUAGCCGAAUCUCAAAAUGCACAAUCCACAAGGAACAAUGUGGACUUGAGCUGUGUGAAAAUCGAGAAAUUUGAUGAAGAUGUGGAUAUGGUGCAAAGUACCUGGAUGUCUGCAGACAACUUUCAGCCAGAUGAUCACAAAGUUCAAGUUAAAGUAGAACCCCCUUCUAUAGCUGAGGAUAACUUACAUUCAUCUGUGGUCAAUGAAAAUCUUAAAAUCGAUGACGAUAUUAAGGUUGAAGACACAUACAUAGCUGGCGACAACUUGCAGCCAGCUGUGGAUCCAGCAGAAAACAACGAUGAUCAAACUAAUGAACCUGAUGAUCGUUUACAAACAGCUGCAAGCACCUCAAGUUCCGAGGUUGCUCAGAACAUAACCAAGACGAUCGAACCUACAACACCAAAUACAACGAGCACGGAUAGAGCUUAUUAUUAUUGCCAUCUAUGUAAAAUGAAGUACGUUCACUUGGAGAAGCUGAACCAACACCUUAAGGGGCAUCAAGCCAUGUUGCAAGCAUUCCGUUGUCGCUACUGUGAACAGAAAUUUGCUAAGCGUUCGCUUCUAAAUGCCCAUGUUCGGCUCCACGCUGGAGCUGGAAGUACACUGAUAUGUCCACAUUGUCCUAGGACAUUUACAGGGCAGUCUGAUCUUAGCGACCAUAUCGCCAUUUUUCACAAGAGGAACCAACAAAAGAAUGCGAUGAGCAGUCGAUCGGUCGCAAUAGAAAUGGCGAGAAUAAAAAGAAGGAAAAUAGAGGAAAGUCUUCAAAUGCGUAACUGGGAAAGGAAGCCAAAGCCCAAGCCUCAAGAAUCCUCAGGAGGUGCUGAAACGAGUCAGUCUCGCGUGGAGAAAUGCAAUGAACAGAAGUUUCAUCGAUGUGGCACUUGUGAUAAAAAAUUCACUGAGUUGGCUAAGCUGACUGAGCAUCUCCUGGAGCACAGCACUGACGAAUAUCAUCCCUACACAUGUAUACGUUGCUCCAAAGUUUGUCACACCAGUUCAGCUCUGGAGUUACAUCUGCGUACUCAUGCCACGGAUCGACCUAUCGAAUGUCCCAUUUGUUCCAAGGAGUUCUUGCUGGACCAGCAGCUCAAGCAACAUAUGCACCAUAUGCAUGGCGAAGAGAAUCGCUUCCCGUGUCCGCAUUGUCCGAAAGCCUUUAAAAGGAAUGGGAAUCUACAAUCCCAUAUGCGUACUCACUCCGUUGAACGUCCAUUUGGCUGUCCACAUUGUGAAAAAACAUUUAAUCAUCCUGCGAAUCUGGAGAUGCAUCUGCGCAUUCAUCCCAAAACGCUCAGCCCGGUAGAAAAAAAAGAAUUAUCAUAGUCUGGUUAAAUGUGACCCUUCAUACAAAUUUGAAUAGCAUGGACAAAUUUCACCGAUAAGAUUACAAUGUAAGAAAUACAUAUUAGGUAAUUUUCUUUAAUUGAAUAAAUAAAUAAAAUAUAAUUAAAUAAGAUUUGAAUUGCACACCCUUAGAAUAUUGCCAUCUAAAAGCUUGUCAUAUUCAUUUUGAAAUUGCAGACUCCCUAGUUUUUAAAGUUUGGCU